AUGAAGAAGGCACCUCCAAGACAGCCCGAGGUGGGCGGGGAGGAGGAGGCGGCUCCUGAGAAGAGCAGGCCUGCAGCGGAGCCUGCCGAGGUGACCACGGUGCAGCCGUUGGAGCUCAAUGAGAGCUGGGUCCCUGCUCAUGCACGGCAUUCCGUGGACUUCAUCCGGGCCUUUGCCACCAGCCCCAUCAAGUUCCAGGAGGAGGAGCAGAAGGAGGAGUUCCUCCGCACCAUCGCCAUGCUGUGCACAGAUGCCCAUCUCCACAACUUCUCCGAGGAACUGACUGAUUUCUGCAGCAGAUACAAGCUGGUGGAGACGAUCCAGAUGCUGCUGGUUUUGGAGCCCAGGGACGAGAUCUGCAGCCGGCUGCGGUGGCUCGCCAUGCUCGCCUUUGGCAGACUGAGCAUCAUCGGGAUGGUGCUGGAGACCAAAAAGAUUUUAAGGCUCUGCUUCAACAGCCUCUUUUUCCUUCGUCCAUGCUGUGAAAUGCCAAGCGCGCAAGCAACCCUCUGCACUCGGGCCCUGCAGUCCAUGGACACCAUGCUGGAGGUGAUGGUGCUCAACUCUGCCGACUCCAAGGGCUGUGAGAUGCUGCAGGACAUCUUGGAGGUUCUGCUGGACUACCUGUUCUGUGACAUGGAAGCAGUGCAGGAGAGGGCCAUGGGCAGGAUUAGGCUGCUGAGCCGUUUCCUGGCUGACUCUGUCACCAAGCAGGCUGAUGAGGAUGAGGAUGAGGAUGAGGAUGAGGAUGAGGAUGAGGAUGAGGAUGAGGAUGAGGAUGAGGAUGAAGAUGAGGAUGAGGAUAAGGAUGAAGAUGAGGAUGAGGAUGAGGACGAUGAUGCUCCCAGAGAGCAGAUCCAGAUGCCAGUCCUGGGGAAGCUGCUGGGCCAUCUGUUUUUCAAGUUGUUCAGGCCACAAGAAACCAUCUCAAUGGUGGUGGAAAUUCUCUGCUCCCUCAUGACGUUCCUCUCUGUGCAGAAAUGGGACAUGCCAGAGAGCCACUUCCUGCCCCCAGAGGACUGGGAAUCUGAGAUCAACUCCUGGGUGAACGCGCCCUGCGCCUGCAAAGUUCAGGCCUUUGGGAAAUACCUCAGGCCUGAAGAGAGGACAGACGUCGUCCUUGAGGCCAUCGAGAUCUUGGGACGCUCCAACCUCCUGAACAAGCAGGGGCCAGUGGAGUUUCUGGAGGAGGCCAUGAAUUGCCCUGAGAUGUGGCUGACGGAUGUGCCAAAGGUCGUGAGACACAUCUUUCACUACUGUGACGAGAAAAACACAGCACUCGAUGACAGCUUUCACUCCCUCCUCGUGCUGAUGGUGAAUAAGUGGCCUGGGACGGUCAUCACCACAGCUCUGGAGGCCACGCCCAAUUUCAGCGACAAAGUCAGCGUGUGGAAGGCGAUGUUCUCCGGGCGCCAGACGCUGGAGAAGGUUCUGAAGGAGCUGCAAGGCCAGUACUGGCAUGACAACGUCUUCACUGGGGAGCAGAGAUCGUGCCUCGUUUUCUUGUCUGUGCUGGCCUACGGUGACAUGCUGGAGAACCAAAUCAGGCCACUCUACCAGAACUUGAGCCUUCUGACUCCAAAGAUGGAAAUGGUCCCUCUGGUGCUCAGGGCUCUCAAGACGCUGUCGGAGAGCGCCGAGACGGCAAAAGUAAUGAAGGGCCUCCUGCCUGAGAUGCUGACAUUCCUGGGGACUUGCUCUUGGGGACAUUUCAGUGAUGGCCUUGGACAUCUUCCACAACAUUCUGGGGCACGUGAAGAAGAAAGAGGCCAGCAGCACGGCUUUGAAGGCGGCGCGGAGGCUCCGGAGCCUCUUUGAUGCGGAGGAAGACUGUGUGCGGGAGCGCUCCAUCUCCCUCUUCAGAGAGCUGCUGGGUAAAACGACAUGGAGGGGACAAGGAGGCCAUGAGGAGAAACUCAUGGAAGGCCCUGGUGCAGC